CGUCAUCUAUCAAAAAUCUGAAAUUGAUGCCCCUUAAAUUUUUAUUUUCACUUGCUGCCUAAAGCAGUUGCUUGCCCAGCUUUAGCUCCAGACCGGCCUGAGCUUAUCUCCACAACAACCACACAAAGGUUAUGAGAUUAAUCAAGCAAAAAAUUGCUUUUUCUCUUGUCGAAAACUGGCUAAGCCCAUUAUAAAGCCCAAAAGCCCAAACUUUAUAAAUGCUCGGCGAAGCCUUAAUUACUUCUCUCCACCGCUCAGAGUCGCAAACUCUUUCACUGCCGGAGAUAAUUCUCUUCUUCCCCAAACCCUAAAGUACUCAGCUUUCCCUAAAUUCCUCGCCGGACGAUUUGUUUCCAGAUGGCGGAGGAAGAGGUUGUUGUUAUCUCUACGCCGCCUGUAGAUCUCAAGCGAAAGCUCGACGAGCAACAUGCCGGGUCGAAUGGAGAUAUCGUGGUUGAUAGCAAUCCAGUAUCUGAUUCUUCGCAGGCUAAGCGAGCGAAGCUCGACGAUGAAGCUCAAGAUGGUUUAGAUCAUGGGAAUACACAAGAAAAUGGUUCUUCAAUGGAGGUAAAAGAGGAAGAACAGCUUCAGGAACCCAAGUAUGAGAAUCAAGAUUCUGUACCACUUGUUGAUGAAGUUCAAGAUCCCAUUCAUGCCAAUGAAUCUGAAAAUAACACUUGUGAUGUAGCUCAUGCAGCAGAUGAUCAUGUUAAGCCUGAGGAUAACCAACAGGGUUGUAUUGAAAAUAAUAAUGUAGAAGAAUGUAAGAAUGUCAAUGGUGGUGAACCUCAGAAGGAGGUUGAUGAAGAAAUUAAGGUAUUGAAUGAUGGCAAUUCUCAGAAAGAAAUUAAGGAAGUGGAUGGUGAAAAUUCUCACAAGGAGGUUGAUGAUACACAGUCAACGACUCGCACCAUAGAUGUCCCAAAUUCGAAGGUAGGUGUGCUGAUUGGUAAAGGUGGGGAGACUAUACGGUAUCUUCAGUUUAACUCUGGUGCCAAAAUCCAAAUUUUGAGGGAUUCAGAAGCUGAUCCGAACUCUGCGUUAAGACCAGUGGAGAUAAUUGGAACUGUUGCAUGUAUUGAGAAUGCGGAGAGGCUUAUCAGUGCAGUCAUAGCAGAGGCUGAAGCAGGAGGUUCACCUGCCCUAGUUGCGAGGGGCCAUCCUUCCACUCAUGCGAUAGGGAUUCCAGAACAGAUAGAGAUUAAAGUUCCAAAUGAUAAGGUUGGUCUGAUUAUUGGCCGAGGUGGGGAGACAAUUAAGGAUAUGCAGACAAGAUCUGGAGCACGCAUUCAGUUAAUACCACAACAUGCAGAAGGUGAUGGAUUGAAGGAGAGGACUGUCCGUAUAUCUGGAGAUAAGAUGCAGAUUGACAUAGCAACCGACAUGAUAAAAGAUGUUAUGAACCAGAAUGCAAGGCCAUCACCCUAUUCCGGUUGUUAUAAUCAGCCUGCCUACCGACCCCGAGGGCCAGGUGGUCCGCCUCAAUGGGGUUCACGAGGUCCUCAUGCUCCCCACCCCUAUGAUUACCACCCCCGUGGACCAUAUUCAUCUCAAGGUUCACAUUACAAUUCUCCCGGUUACGGUGGCUAUCCUCCACAGCAUAUGCCUCCUAGAGGUGGAUAUGGUCCUGGUUGGGACCAAAGACCUCCAUAUUCUGGUCCGUAUAAUUAUUAUGGUAGACAAGGAGCUCAAAGCUCUGGUCCAGUUCCACCUCCUUCUGGCCAUGUACCCUCCCCUGCCUUGGGUGGUCCCCCUCCUUCGCAGGUAAGUUAUGGUUACAGACAGAGCCAUGGCCCAGAGUAUGGAAAUGCUGCUCCUUACUCCCAGACCGGUUAUCAGCAGACUUAUGGGCAGACGUAUGAACAGCCUAAGUAUGACAAUAAUCCUCCAAUGCAGCCACCUUAUGGAGGUUCAUACCCACCAGCAGGUGGUGGUCAGCCAGGCUAUUCCCAAAUGCAGCAACCUGGUGUUAGGCCUUAUGGGAUGCAACAAGGUCCUGUCCAGCAAGGAUAUGGGCCUCCACGCCCUGCAGCUUCUUCCGGGGAUGUACCUUACCAAGGUGCAACUCCUGCAGCAGCACCAUAUGGCAGUACCAACAUGGCUCCACAACAACAACAAUAUGGCUACACAUCAACUGGUGGGCCAGUGCAACAGCAAACAUACCCUUCUUAUAGUUCUGCUCCACCAUCUGACGGGUACAACAAUGGUACACAAACACCUGCAACUGGUCCAGCUUACCAGCAGCAAAGUGUUCAGCCAGCUUCUUCAACUCAUGACCAGACUGGUGCACAGCAGGCUGCAGCAGCUGGGUAUGGUGGGCAAGUAGCUCCAACCGGUGGAUACAGUUCAUAUCCAACAACACAGCCUGCUUAUGGUACAGCUCAGACCCAAAACUAUGGAUACAACACAAGCUCUCAAGAUCCUAACUACGGAUAUGGUGCAGCACCAGGAAGCCAAGCCGCUUAUUCACAAGCAGCAGCUACUCAAGUAGGAUAUGAGCAACAGCCUGCAACUCAACCUGCAGGGUAUGCAGCUACUCCAGGGAGCGCACAAGUGAAAACCCAAUCGCCACUGUCCGCUUAUGCUCAGUACGAAGCAAGCCAGGUUUACGCAGCUCCACGUUAAGAGAGGCAAUAUUGCAAAGUUUCUAGAUCGCUUCUGGAGUCUUUAAGACGGUUCUUAUUAACGUGACUCUUCUGCGUCUUUGACUCCUUCCCCUUGAGUGCUUCGUUAUAAUCACUCUUUUAACUUUAAGCUGUUGAAAUGUUGCUGAUAGUUAAGCUGUUAUAUUUAUUUUCGUUGUUCCAUGCUUCGAAAGAUUUUGUCUUCCCAAACUUAUUAUCAUGGUUUUAGAUUUGUGAUGUCUUA